UUACAUGUCACGACGGCAACGCUGUGGCGAUCUGACGUAUGAGACGAUUUCUGCGUAUUUCUACAAAACGUAAUUUCUGCAUUUUUAGCUCAUUUUAUAUAUAACUGACUCCAUUGUGUUUAAUCAGCACUCUUUGAUACGGGGAAAGGGCGUACUGUCCGUGGAAUUAUUGCAGUUACCUACUAAUGUUUACCUUGUCCUCUCAACUUGUGUCAAAGUGUCUGAUGGAUUAAAACAAACCAGGGUUGCCAACUUUUAGUUCACACGUAUCGCCAAAAUAGUCUCUGGAAAUCGUCCAAAAUCGCAAAAGUUGGGAUUUCUUAAAAUCGCAAGGUUUUCCAAAUAAAUUUCACAAUAAAGCGACAAAAUAAAAUUGAAUUUAUUUUAUAUUAAAAAAUCCCAUAUUCACAAAUAGCUAAAGGUAGCACAACAGCGGACUUAAAUUUAAGAAGUUCCUGUAAGCGUUUUCAAAAUCGCUCAAUUUUAUCGCAAAUGUUAAAAAAUAGGACCUUUUUUGGAUUUUGUAUCACCCAUUUUUUAAUAAAUCGUCCAAGUUGGCGACCCUGAAACAAACAAAACAAACGUUCGUAUUAAUUAAAGUCACUAGAUCUAGUGACUUCUAAUGUAGCGUAUGCGUACUCAAAUUUCGUACUCAAGGUGCCGUGUAUUUUUGUGAUGAUGUCGUCAAUUGUGAAAGUGGAAAUUAAACAAGAAGACAACAUAAAUACCUCCAUUGAUGAGAAAGUUUUACUUAAUGGUGAUGUCUCCAGAAUGAUAAAGCGAGAACUUGGUGAGAAUACCAUCAGUAGGGAUUAUCCUAAUGUCACAAGCACUUGCAUAGAAGAAAAUGAUGUCGAGCAGGAAACUGAACCUUUGAUUGUACAUGAUAAAGAUAUCCCCCGAUCGCAAGCUUCGCAAGAUUUAAAUUGUACUCAGUGUAAUUACACAACCAAAAAUAAAUAUAGUUUAAGAGCACAUUUACGAACCCAUAACGCUGUUAAAGAUUUCAAAUGUGAUCAGUGUGAAUACGCAACCAAUAAUAAAUACCAUUUUAAACGACAUCUAUUGACCCACAAGAAGAUAUUGAAGGUAUUUAAAUGUGCCCAGUGUAAUCACGCAACCAAUGAUAAAUCCUAUCUUAAAGUACACCUGUUAACCCACAAGACAACCAAGGAUAUUAAAUGUGCUCGUUGUGAUUACGCAACCACUAAUAAGUCAUAUUUAAAAAACCAUCAGCUUUCACAUAAACUUUCCAAGGAUAUGAAAUGUGUCCAGUGCGAUUAUGCAACCAAUUAUAAAUCUAAUUUUAAAUGCCAUCUAUUAACUCACAAAUCAACUAAGGAUUUUAGGUGUGUUCAGUGUGAUUACGCUACUAUUAAUAAGUACAAUUUAAAAAAACAUCUGCUGACACAUAAACCUUCCAAGGAUUUUCAAUGUGUCCAGUGUGGUUAUGCAACCAAUAUUAAUUCUCGUUUUAGAAGGCAUCUAUUAACUCACAAGACCACUGCGGAUUUUAGAUGUGUUCAGUGUGAUUAUAAGGCGACUAGUAAGCAUUAUUUAAAAAAUCAUCUACUUUCGCAUAAACCUUCUAAGGAUUUCAAAUGUGCCCAGUGUAGUUACGCAACAAAUGCUAGACACAAUUUUAAAACACAUCUGCUAAGACACCAGUCUUCUAAGAUUUUCAAAUGUGCCGAAUGUGAUUAUGCAACCAAUUAUAAAUCUAAUUUGAAAACACAUGUAUUAAGCCAUAGGAUAACUAGUGGUUUUAAAUGUGCUCACUGUGACUAUGUUACAAACAGAAAGCUACUAUUGAAAAGGCAUCUGUUUAAACACAAGCCUUCUACCUACUCGAGUACCUACUUGACUAUUUUAAAUUUGUCGAUUGUGGAUCAUCAAUCGUUAUCAAAGGAGAACACUCGCACUCCGAGUUUCAACUAGUAAAGGUACAAAUGCUCGCAUUUUGUUAAUAAUCGAAUGAAUAUUUAUUCGCUGCAUUAAACAUGGGAUGUUGCGGUAUGUUUUGCAUGUAAAAUUACAGUAUUUGUUUAAAAAAUUGUUUUUGUUUGGAACAAUUGGCGUAAGUGAAAAGUAUCAGUUCUUCCAUUCUGGAGAAGGUACCUAUGUUGUGUUUCAGUGUGGUUGCUACUGUACAUUGUACCACUGAGCAGUUCUGGAUCAAAAUCAAACAUUGUGGUAAGACAUUUGGAAUUGGAGCAGUGUACCGCUCCAAACCCAAUAAUUCAAUGAUAUCUAAUGAAAAUAAAUAUUGGAUUAAAAAAAUACAUUUCACACACGAUGAUAGAACAUGCUACAUUACAACCAUUUUUUUAUUCUUAACCUAACUAACUUCAUCAUAUUGCCAACCUUCUAACACACUCCCUCAAUGUGAUAAUAAUAAUAAUAAUAAUAUUUAUUCACAGGGAAAUCCCAAAAAAGA